AUGGCGCAAGUACUGUGUGUGAAGGCAGAGUUCCAAGACCAACAGGGAGCGAAAGUAGUGGUCAUCUGUCCGCAAACUAAUCUAGGAGCCAUUCAGCAGAGAUGGGUUGCACAGCUGUCUGUAUUCGACUUUGAAAUCAAGUAUCGCCCUGGUCGUUGCAAUACUGCCGCCGAUGCCCUUUCCAGGCAGCCAUCAGGGGAUGAGCCAGAACCCGACAGCGAGGAUGCAGAAUAUGAUGGCUGCAUAGCCAUAUGUAACAUGUUCAGGGCAGAAGCAAAUGAGGAAGCAGUCAGUGAGACUGUGCAGGACAGCACCCCAACCAUGCCUGGUUAUUCUAACGCAGAGCUUCAGCACUUCCAGGCGUCAGAUCAGACACUAAGUGUCUUCGGAGAUUUCUGGCGGAGACAGAAGAAACCUGGUUACCCACAGAAAAUGGGUCUACCUAAACUUGUGCGGUCCCUGUUGAAACAGUGGGCCCGUAUCAGAGAAAAGGAUGGACUUCUGUACCGUGUGAUUGGGGAUGCUCAUCUUGGACAGUGUCAUCAGCUGCUAUUACCAGCUUGUCUCAAAGAACAAGUGCUCAAAAGUGUGCAUGAUCAAAUGGGGCACCAGGGAAUUGAGCGGACAAUGAGUUUAUUGAGGCAGAGAUGUUUCUGGGGAGGAAUGUAUGAAGAUGUGGAGCAACGGGUGAAGAAAUGUCAGAGGUGCGUGUUAACAAAAAUGCCACACCCCCGAGUUCAGGCACCCCAAACUCCCUUCUUGGCUACUCGCCCACUGGAAAUUGUCGCUGUUGACUACACCACACUUGAACGUGCCACAGAUGGACGUGAAAACGCUCUUGUAAUAACUGAUGUGUUCACAAAGUUCAGUCAGGUUUUUGCCACACGAGAUCAAAAGGCAGAUACUACAGCCAAAAUCAUACUGAAAGAGUGGUUCAUGAAAUAUGGGGUACCAGAACGUCUGCACUCAGACCAGGGCAGAAAUUUUGAAAGUGCAGUGAUUGCUGAGCUAUGCAAACUGUAUGGGGUGAAAAAGACUCGGACAACACCGCACCACCCUCAGGGUAAUCCUCAAUGUGAGAGAUUCAACAGGACGUUACACAACCUUCUCCGUACGCUUCCCCCUGAAAAGAAGCGGCGUUGGCCCGAACAUCUGUCAGAGCUGGUGUAUGCUUACAAUGUUACGCCACAUUCAACCACAGGGUAUUCGCCCUAUUACUUACUGUUUGGUGUCCACCCACACUUGCCAGUUGAUGCAUUGUUAGGCCAGGAGCCAGUGAAGGAUGACAAACUGGACUGGUUAGCGGUGCACCAGGAGCGUCUCCAGGACGCACAUGCCAGGGCCAGAGAAUAUUAUCCAGGGGACNAGGCAGAAGUAAAGGUUCUCCUGGGAAACUAUGCAGAUGUCUUUGCACUUCGCGACGAAGAUUUGGGGUACACAGAUCGUGUGAAACAUGAAAUCCCGGUUUCAGAUGAGACACCCGUUUCUCAGCCAUACAGGCGCAUUCCACCUAAUCAAUACAAAGAGGUCAGGGAACACAUUUCUGAGCUGCUGCGAAAAGGAGUAAUUCAAGAGAGCUCAAGCUCUUAUGCUUCACCAGUCGUUUUGGUUCGAAAGUCAGAUGGAAGCCUUAGACUCUGUGUGGACUACCGCAGGCUAAAUGCAAAGACCAGACGCGAUGCAUUCCCACUUCCCCGCAUUGAGGAAAGCCUGGAUGCUCUGAGUGGUGCAGAGUUCUUCUCAAGCAUUGAUCUUGCAAGUGGCUACCACCAGGUGGCAGUGCAUGAGAAAGACAGAGACAAGACAGCAUUUACCACACCAUUUGGCUUGUAUGAGUAUUUGAGAAUGCCUUUCGGGUUAUGCAACGCCCCGGCAACGUUUCAACGUCUCAUGCAGGCCACGAUGAGUGACUUGGUCUUCCAAAUGGUGUUGAUCUAUUUGGAUGAUCUGCUCGUGUUCUCAGCAACAUUCCAAGAUCAUCUGGUGAGACUAGAGACUGUCCUGAAAAGACUAAGGGAGACUGGGCUUAAGGUAAAAGUUGAGAAAUGCCACUUCCUCCAGCCUAAAGUCAGGUUUCUGGGUCAUGAAGUCUCAGCCCAGGGCAUUAGUGCGGAUCCUGACAAAAUAAGUGCGGUGACUAAGUGGCCCAUCCCUAGUACUGUGAAAGAGCUGAGGUCCUUUUUAGGAUUUUGUAGUUACUACAGGAGAUUUAUUGAGGGUUUCUCCCAAAUCGCAGGGCCACUUCAUGAUGUUGUGAAUGUAUGUAUUAAAGAGAGCAGUCAGUACAGGGCUAAACAGCUUUUUAUUUCGGCCUGGACACCACAGUGUUUACAAGCUUUCGAGCUACUCAAGGAAAAGUUAACCAGUACCCCCACGCUAGGCUACGCUGACUUUAGCCUUCCCUUCACACUUGAGACAGAUGCUAGCAGUCUAGGAUUAGGUGCUGUCCUUUAUCAGAUACAAGGAGGGAAAAGGAAAGUUAUAGCUUAUGCCAGUAGGAGACUCAGAGGGGCUGAAAAGAACGAUCAGAACUACAGCAGCAUGAAGCUUGAACUGUUAGCAUUAAAGUGGGCAGUUACAGAAAAGUUUAGGAGCUAUCUUCUGGGUUCUAAGUUCACAAUCAUAACAGAUAACAACCCCCUCUGCCACCUGUCCACAGCUAAUCUAGGAGCCAUUCAGCAGAGAUGGGUUGCACAGCUGUCUGUAUUCGACUUUGAAAUCAAGUAUCGCCCUGGUCGUUGCAAUACUGCCGCUGAUGCCCUUUCCAGGCAGCCAUCAGGUGAUGAGCCAGAACCCGACAGCGAGGAUGCAGAAUAUGAUGGCUGCAUAGCCAUAUGUAACAUGUUCAGGGCAGGUACUGAUUUAGACCUAGAUUUAGUUGCAGCUGGAGUCAAAGCUUGUGAAGUCAGGCUGCUGCAUGUAUCAGAAGCAAAUGAGGAAGCGGUUGGUGAGACGGUGCAGGACAGCACCCCAACCAUGCCUGGUUAUUCUAACGCAGAGCUUCAGCACUUCCAGGCAUCAGAUCAGACACUAAGUGUCUUCGGAGAUUUCUGGCGGAGACAGAAGAAACCUGGUUACCCACAGAAAAUGGGUCUACCUAAACCUGUGCGGUCCCUGUUGAAACAGUGGGCCCGUAUUAGAGAAAAGGAUGGACUUCUGUACCGUGUGAUUGGGGAUGCUCAUCUUGGGCUGUGUUAUCAGCUGCUAUUACCAGCUUGUCUCAAAGAACAAGUGCUCAAAAGUGUGCAUGAUCAAAUGGGGCACCAGGGAAUUGAGCGGACAAUGAGUUUAUUGAGGCAGAGAUGUUUCUGGGGAGGAAUGUAUGAAGAUGUGGAGCAACGGGUGAAGAAAUGUCAGAGGUGCGUGUUAACAAAAAUGCCACACCCCCGAGUUCAGGCACCCCAAACUCCCUUCUUGGCUACUCGCCCACUGGAAAUUGUCGCUGUUGACUACACCACACUUGAACGUGCCACAGAUGGACGUGAAAACGCUCUUGUAAUAACUGAUGUGUUCACAAAGUUCAGUCAGGUUUUUGCCACACGAGAUCAAAAGGCAGAUACUACAGCCAAAAUCAUACUGAAAGAGUGGUUCAUGAAAUAUGGGGUACCAGAACGUCUGCACUCAGACCAGGGCAGAAAUUUUGAAAGUGCAGUGAUUGCUGAGCUAUGCAAACUGUAUGGGGUGAAAAAGACCCGGACAACACCGCACCACCCUCAGGGUAAUCCUCAAUGUGAGAGAUUCAACAGGACGUUACACAACCUUCUCCGUACGCUUCUCCCUGAAAAGAAGCGCCAUGGGGAAGAUCUGCGGGAUUAUUCACAUGCCCUGUCUCAGCUGCUAAACUCUGCACUACAGCAGUCUCCUGGUGUAGUACCCGACACGCAGCUAGCACUCCGCGAUCAGUUCAUUGAAGGAAAACGGGAGCCCUCCAUUGCUUUGAGCCGGGCAAUGCGAGGCAAGUCAGAAGGCUCAAAAGAAACUCUGACCAAAGAACACUUUCUGGAGCAUGCUGUAGGACAGUGCCCUGAGGUGGAUAUCCAGAUCGGAGGUGUUCCCCUCAGAUGCUUGCUUGACACGGGAAGUAAUGUAAGCACUUUGACCGAAAGUUUCUUUAGGAAUCAUCUACAUGGAGAAGAUGAAGAUAUGCACUGUACUGCCAAGUGGCUAAAAAUAACAGCAGCCAACAAGUUGCCACUGCCCUACUUGGGUUACGUAGAACUAGACGUACAGGUGAUGGGACUUACUGUUCCAGAGUGUGGUUUCCUAAUAAUCAAAGAUGAUGGAACAAAAAAGGUCAAUGCCAGAGAGACAGAUUCAUCCCCGCCUGGCAUAAUAGGGAUGAACAUUGCAAAGCGGUGUAGACAGUUAGUUCUCUCCGAGUUUGACACCGCUCUAGGUGGGGAACUGGAUUCCAACUGGAGGGAUGCCUGCCACCGUGUACAGGAAGCUGAGCUGGUGGAAAAGAUAUCUGUCGCCCGUGUCGCCAGUAAAAACAAAGUGCGAGUUCCCGCCUCAUCAGGUACCACUGUCUAUGUUAGGGGUCACAGUAAACAGUUUGAGAGCAUGUUGUUCGAACCAGGAAACGCUCCACUGCCAGGUGGGUUAGUUGUGAUCCCAACCUUAGUAUCAACUAACAGCCUAUUGUUUCCAGUCCAGGUAAUCAACCUUUCCCAGGAGGAUUUAUGGCUGCCACCUAAGGCUAGAAUAGGAACCCUCAGUCAGGGCCAGUGCAUGGAUGGUGACCCAUAUGAAGUGAAGUUUGAGCGCAUUUCUGCUGACCAUGAGGAGGUGAGCAUCAAUCAGAAGGAUUGUCAGGAAACAGACAGUGACAUACAGGACUUGCUCAGCCGAUUACACAUUGGAGGUACACCAGAAGAACAGGCAGAAGUAAAGGUUCUCCUGGGAAACUAUGCAGAUGUCUUUGCACUUCGCGAUGAAGAUUUGGGGUACACAGAUCGUGUGAAACAUGAAAUCCCGGUUUCAGAUGAGACACCUGUUUCUCAGCCAUACAGGCGCAUUCCACCUAAUCAAUACAAAGAGCUGUGUGGAGUACUUAGCCUAGUCUUCAGCCUGAGCAUGCUCCUCCAGAGAGUCCCCUUGCUGUGGAAGACGUCCUGCCUCAUUCCUGUGCCAAAGACGCCGCACCCUAGCGACCCUCGGGACUACAGACCAGUGGCACUGACGUUCCAUAUCAUGAAGACCUUUGAGAAGCUAGUCCUGGAGCAGCUAAGGCCCUUGGUCAGGCCCUUCACUGAUCCACUAAAGUUCGCCUACCAGCCCCACCUGGGAGUUGAGGACAGCAUCAUUUUCCUGCUGAACAGAGCCUACAAUCUUCUGGACAAGCCGGCGAACACUGUGAGAAUCAUGUUCUUUGAUUUCUCCAGUGCCUUCAACACCAUCCGCCCGGCUCUACUAGGUGAGAAGAUGACUGCGAUGCAGGUGGAGGCCCCCAUCAUGUCCUGGAUUGGUGAGGAGAGUGAAUACAGGACUGUGGUGGGCAACUUUGUCACUUGGAGUGAGCUGAACCACCUGCAGCUCAACGUGACAAACACUAAGGAGCUAAUAGUGGAUCUGAGGAGGACAAAAACACCUGUGACCCCUGUUUCCAUCCAGGGGGUUCCUGUUGACACUGUGGAGGAGUAUAAGUACCUGGGAGUUGGGCUGAGGGUCGCUGACAACAACAGACUGAACAAACUGAUCAGGAAGGCCGGUGAUGUUGUGGGGGAGCAGCUGGACACUCUGACCACCGUGGCAGAGAGGAAGAUGCUGUCCAGGCUUCAGUCCAUCUUAGACAAUGACUCACAUCCUCCCCAUGACACACUGGUCUAG